AUGUUGACAGCAGAUGAGAUUGAUAUAGCUAAGGAAAUGUUGUUAGUGUUAAAGCCGAUGGAGGUGGCAACAAGGGAAUUAUGUGGUCAAAAAUAUGUAACUGGCAGCACAGUUAUUCCCCUAAUUAACUGCCUUAUUAAAAAAACUGAGAGCAUUGACUUAACCCAUCCAACAGCUUUAUCCUUAAAGAGAGCUAUGUUAGAGAAUUUGGAUAAAAGCUCCUCAAACCAAGGCUCUAGUGAUGAUGAUGUUGAACGCAGUGAUAGUUUGUGGUCAGUUCACAAUGAGCUGCCAUAUUUUUCAGUAGUAGCAACUUCUGUCCCUUCGGAAAGAUUGUUUUCUAAAGCGGGAAAUAUAAUGACUGAAAAAAGAAACCGAUUAAAGGGGGACAAAUUGCAACAGCUUUUAUUUUUGAGUUCCCUAAAUUUUGAAAACUGGCACAUAGAAUAA